AUGACAAGUGAACGUGGAACAGAUGAAGACAUUUUAACAUUCAAUAUUCUUCCCUUAUACGGAGACUCUCGAAAAAUUGAUAGAAACAAACUUUUUGGAGUUGUGAUGGCGAGGGACAAACAAGUUGACUUUCUUAGGCCUUUAAUUAGAGAACGAUUAAGUCCCAAUACUUAUUAUAAUGUUCCUAGCAACGAAUUGUUUCUUUUCAAACUGAAUGAUCAAGUCACCACAAAAAAUAUCGACUAUUAUCUUUCCAGCAAUAAUUUGAAUGUGGAUAAAAUGGAGCCAUUGGAACUCAUAUCGAAGUAUUUUCCUAAAGACGAGUUCGGUAGCAAAGAGCAUAUCCACAUAAUCGUUAGUUGUAUGCAACAGGAUUUUUAA